CAAUGUAAUCGAUAUUUUAUUUAUCGAAGAUGCCAGUCUGCGUCUAAUUUUUUGGUGUCGCUAUCCUGGUCGCGUGUUGUUGUAACGGGGACCAUAAAUUCGUGUCCGGUCCACAUUCACAAGAAGCGAUGUCCGAUCUUUUCUAUCCCUCUCAAAUUUCCUUGCCAUCGGCUGUGGUAUCUGGCGAAGACUCAGUUGCAGGUUCUGCAUAGAUACAACAUUUCUUGUUCUGUCUUGUUACUUCAAAGUCUUCAGGCGCAGUUCGAACCAGAAUAA